UAAACGAUCCCCAGGAACUAUCCAAGUGAAACACAAAACCUGCACCAUUGAAGCAAUUCAAGAUGGUUUUAGAAACUAUUUCAAGGAUAAUUAAAGUCCAGCUGCCAGCUUACCUCAAGAGGCUUCCACUUCCGGAGACGAUUGGUGGAUUUGCGAGGUUAACAGUGUCCGAGUGGCUCCGGUUGUUGCCUCUCCUGGGUAUCUUGGCUUUGCUGGGCUAUCUGACCAUUCGCCCGUUCCUGCCUAAGAAGAAGAAGCAGCGAGACAGCCUGAUCAACCUGAAGAUCCAGAAAGAGAACCCCAAAGUGGUCAAUGAGAUAGACAUCGAGGACCUGAACAGUGCAAACGUGUGCUACUGUCGCUGUUGGCGCUCCAAAACUUUUCCUGUUUGUGACAAGUCACACUUAAAGCACAAUGAGCUGACUGGAGACAACGUGGGACCGCUCAUACUCAAAAAGAAGAUACUGUAAUUGACCAUUGAUGGGAGUUUUCCUCUCACCUCCCCAGUCUUGAGUUUUCACUUCUUAACAGUUUCUCUCUUUUUUUUUUUUUUUUUUUUUUUAUUUACAAAAGUGUCAGAAAUGUGGAGUCUUUAUUUUUGAAGUGGUCCUAAUCUGGUGACACAAAUGUAAAAAUACAAAUUUUGCUUAUUUUUGUGCCCAUUGUUAACUUUUCAGUUGUCAUGUCUGCAGUAGUUUUGUAGCUCAGAAAAGUAUUUUUAUAUAACUGUAAGUACAAUUUUAGUCAUGUCUCAGCCUUUUUUGGAGUCAUUUAUGAAUCAUUGGGACCACUUUGAGGAGAAAACUUGAAACAUAAUUGCAGUGACUUUAUAAUAGCUUUCAAUGGUCGAAACUCAUCAGGGGGGAAAAUGCCUUUUUUUCCCCCCCAGAUAAAUUGUUGAAGGUUAGUAGUAAGAGUUGAAUGAAUACUUGUCCAACCUCUAAUCCUGUAAGUUUGUUUAACCAUUUUGUACUGUAAGUUUUCACUCUGGUAUUAUUUAACAGCCAGUCUUUUUUUUCUUUCUCCCUUUUCAGUGUGCCAAAUGUUAACAUGCUUUCAGGAUGUGAAAUAUUCUCUUAUAAGUUAUUGUGUGUAUGGGAUGCGACUUCACAUGCAUUUUGUCCACAGCCUUCAAAUGAUAGAAUUGGAGUUUUACCACACUUUGUAUUGAACUAAGUUGCGUUCAAGCAUUUCAAACAACCACACAGUUGAGUAAGAAUCUAGUUUUAACCUCACUGCCUUUUUGAGGUUUCAGAGUAACUUUGCAUUGUAUAAGACUUUUGCUAUGUAUUCUUCUCUCUAGCUUCUAUAUUGCCAGAAUAACUGUAAAUAGUGAACUUCCUGCUAGAGUAUCUCCUUAAUUCAUCAGCAAUAUUUUAUACAUAAAUGGUUUAUGUGGUCAGAACUGUAUUUGCGUGUGAAUGACUGAGUGUUUUAUACUUUGGAAGAUAAUGAUUUUAAUAUAUUCAUGCUGCGUUUUAAUUAUAUAAAAAAAACAUAAGGAGGUUUAACUUGACUAUUUGGACAAAUACAAUUGAAGUUUCACUUCCCUUCUUUUGUUACUACAACUGAGGAAUUCUUCAAGUAAGCUUGAGUUGAAA